CAUUUUCAGAGAUUGACCUCAAACAGGCUUCAAAGCUGUUCGCACAGAAAUUUGCGUGUGGUAGUUCGGUAACGGGUGCUGAUGAAAUCGUCAUACAGGGUGAUGUAAAGGACGAUUUGCUCGAUAUGAUACCAGCUAAAUGGCCUCAGGUACAAGAAGAGAUGAUUGAUGAUCUCGGGGAUAAGAAGAGUCGCGAAGGUGCGAAAAUAUACAAGAAAACUCCACUUGUGAGAAUUCAUACGAUCCCCGAUUACUCCAAGAAACGGGAAGGACCGGGUGAGAAUGGUGAUCCCGUGUUCCUAGAAGGUGAAGAGAGAAAGAUCGGCGAGGAACAAAUGAAGACUUUUUUCAUGAACGUGCUUGCUAGUGACAAGAUCUCGUUAGAUCGAAGUAUACCAGAUUCGAGAUCACGUGAAUGUCUUGCUCUUUCGUACCCACAACAUCUUCCCACAGCAUCUGUUGUCAUCGUAUUCACUAAUGAGUUCUUUUCUUCACUUCUCCGCACAGUCCAUUCCGUAGUCAAUCGGACACCUCCGCGUUUGUUGAAGGAAAUAAUUCUCGUAGAUGACAAGAGCGAUCGA